CAUUUGUUGCUGUUUAGUGAGCACGUGUUUAUUGAUUGUUAGUAUUACACUUAUCUUUUGCACAUAAUAAUGGGAAAGGGGCGAAAAAAUAAGCCAAAAAAGAAUUUUGCAGAAAAGCGUCGUGAAAAGCAGAAGAAAAAAGAUGAAUGGGAUAACACACCACAUCAUAACUAUGCAGACAUUAUCAGAGAAAAUAAGGAGUUUGAAGAUUAUUACAAAACUCAGAAAAUUGUUCCCGAAGAGCAAUGGGAUUCUUUUAUGAAUACUAUGAAGAAGAAUCUUCCUGUAGCCUUUAGGCUUACAGGGUCAAAAGUAGAAGCUAAAAAAUUACUUGAAACAAUUAAAGGAGAUUUCUUCAAAGAGAUUUUAAAUGCACAUAUGGAAGAUAAUUCUGAAACUAGCGAAGAAGGAAAGGAUAUAUUACACUGUCUGCCUUUUUACCCAGAUGGAUUAGCUUGGCAGUUGCAAUUAACUAGGAAAGAUAUUAGAAGAUCUGAAGCAUAUUUUAGAUUACACAAUUUUUUAAUUGUUGAAACUGGUAGUGGAAACAUUAGUAGGCAAGAGGUGGUUAGCAUGGUACCACCCUUAGUGUUAGAUGUAAAACCUUCUCACAAGGUUUUAGACAUGUGUGCAGCACCGGGCUCAAAGACAGUUCAACUCAUAGAAAUGUUACAUGCUGAAGAAGGAAGUACACUUCCUGAAGGUUUUGUAAUAGCCAAUGAUCUGGACAAUAAUCGGUGUUACAUGCUUGUGCAUCAAGCAAAAAGAUUAAAUAGUCCAAUUAUAUUAAUUACAAAUCAUGAUGCCUCAGUAUUGCCUAAUUUCACUGUUACCAAGCCAGAUGGUACAAAAGAUGAAUUGAAAUUUGACAGAGUACUUGCUGAUGUACCAUGUAGUGGUGAUGGUACAAUGAGAAAAAAUCCUGACAUUUGGUGUAAGUGGAGUCCAGCAAAUGGUAACAAUCUCCAUGGAAUUCAGUAUAGGAUAGCAAGAAGGGGGUUGGAGUUAUUAGCAGUUGGAGGAAGAAUGGUAUAUUCUACUUGUUCAUUAAAUCCAAUAGAAAAUGAAGCUGUACUUCAUAGGCUUCUUCUUGAAACCCAAGAUUCUGUGCAGUUAGUUGAUUGCAAGGAUUUAGUACCUGGAUUGGUGUGUGAUCCAGGUGUGUCACAUUGGUUACCAGCAUCGAAAAAUUUACAAUAUUACGAAUCAUGGGAAGAUGUGCCCGAACAAUGGCAAACACAAGUUCGUCCAAAAAUGUUCCCGCCAAAACCAGAAGAUGCUGCGAAGUUUCAUUUUGAACGAUGUAUGAGAAUAUUGCCACAUCAUCAGGAUACAGGAGGUUUCUUUGUGGCUGUUUUGGAGAAGGUUAAACCUUUGCCAUGGGAACGUGAAUCAGGUAAAAACAACGAGACUACACAAAGUUCUAACAGUGGAGAAGGCAAUAAUGAAGUAAGCUUGGAGGAAGAAGCGGCAAAAGACACAGAAGGAAAAGAUCGCAACAAAGUACGAGAAUUUAGAAGAAAACGCAGAAGAAUAAUAGGAUAUAGGGAAGAUCCGUUCGUUUUCUUUAAAGAUGAUAAGGAAGAUGUGUGGUUAUUUAUUAAAAAAUUUUAUGACAUAUCAGAUGGUUUAGAUCCUCGGUGUUUGUUGGUGCGAUGCUUCAACAGGAAUAAGAAAAACAUUUAUUAUACGUCACCUGAGAUACGUAACAUUGUGUUAUCUAACGAAGAUAAAAUAAAAUUGAUAAAUACUGGAGUAAAAACAUUUGUACGCUCUGUCAACAAAAAAUAUCCGGAAGGUCCAUAUAGAUUAGCAUGGGAGGGGCUGCAAAGUAUCAUUCGGUAUAUUGGCGAUGGUAGGAAAGUUAGAAUAUCUAAAGACGACCUGAUAAUGGUGUUACAAAAUAACGAUCCACAAGCAUCGCCAGAGAUAGUGAAGCUUAAAUCAGAAACCCAAGAACGUUUAAAAAAUUUUGCAAUUGGAAGUUGUAUACUUGUAUACGAAGAAGAAGAAGGGGAGAGUGAAAAUCGAUUAAAGUUGCAAUUGGUAGGAUGGCGAGGUACAAUGUCCCUGAGAGCAUAUGUUCCCGUACAUGAUGCAGUUCACUAUCUACGACUAUUAGGAGCUGACUGUUCGAAAUUUGAAACAAAUAAAUUCCAAAAAAAUCGUAAGGGUGCUACCGUUAAAGAGUUGGAUAAUGAUGAAGUUGCCAAUGAUAAUGAAACAGGCGGUAACUCGAAAGAAGACGACAAGACACAAAUUUCGAACGAAUCAAAAGAAUGACACACAAUUUUGUAAUACAAAUUGAUGUUCCUUUAAUUCCCUUUGAGAUAUCAUUUUUAAUAUGUUGUAAGAACAAGUAAAAAAUUUGUAUUCCAUUUAAAGCUUAA